AUGUUCAGCCUUGAUGAGAUGCAGCUGGAGGUGGGUGAAGAGAUGGAAUUGGGCAUCUUCAUUAUCUUCUUAGGCUCUUAAACUGAUAAAUCAGAUCUGAGUAGAACCCGAUUUUCCUCCCAAAGAGCUGAAGCUGUCUGUGGUGUGACCUGCUUAGCUGGGAACUCUCUGUUGACUCUGCUGUGCCGAGAACUUGGACACUAGCCUGAGGGACCAAAACACGAUUUAAGGAUAAUUCAGAGGUCGUACUUGAGGGAUAGGCCCGAAUCUGGAAGACAGCUGCUAAUUUUCCAAGAUACUGUGUUUUUAUGACGGUCAGUCCCUACAAAUGGAAACCACUCAAAACAAUAGCAAGAGGACCCUUUGGUUGAGGAAUGAGAAGAUCCAAGAGGAAAGUGGUGUGCAGAGGUGCCUUCCAGGUGGAACCUUGGUGGUCUUCCUAGGGCAGCAGCCUGGGCAGGGCUGAUAGGCUGCAGUUCAGGAGUAAAGAUGGUGAAGGCCGCCUUCCUUUCUGGCUUUUUCUUGGAAUUGGUUUGAGCAUGUCCUCUGGUGGAGCCUGGAAUGACCUGAAAGUGUUAAAGGCGUCUGUCUAGUCCUCUAAAGAUGUGCUGUCCAACAUGGUAGCUGCUAGCUGCAUGUGGCUAUUUACUUUUAAAUUAAUUAAAGUGAAACACUCCAUUCCUUAAGCGUGCCAACCGUGUUUCAAGUACUCAGCAGUCACACGUGGCUAGUGACUGCACUGUUGGAUGGUACAGAUGUAGAACAUUCCCAGCACUGCAGAAAGGUCACGUGGACGGAGCUUCUCUAGAGUUCUACACCUUGAAUUAAAUCAGGAUGAUAGCCCCAUAACUUCUGACAUGAAAACUGGGAGAAGGGGGCGGAGGAAAGCGCAAAGGGAAAAGCAAGAAGUGGAAGGAAAUCCUGAAGUUCCCUCACGUUAGCCAGUGUGAAGACCUCCGAAGGACCAUAGCACACGCCAUAUGGAGAGAAAAAAUCCUGUCAGAUGAACCCUUGAGGAAUCACAAUAUGACAGAGAUUACUGCAGUUUAUGUGACAAGCAGCCAAUUGGGAGGCUGCUUUUCCGGCAGUUCUGCGAAACCAGACCUGGGCUGGAGUCUUACAUUCAGUUCCUGGACUCAGUGGCAGAAUAUGAAGUUACUCCAGAUGAAAAACUGGGAGAAAAAGGCAAGGAAAUUAUGACCAAGUACCUCACCCCAAAGUCCCCAAUUUUCAUCGCCCAAGUUGGCCGGGACCUGGUCUCCCAGACGGAGGAGAAGCUCCUUCAGAAACCCUGCAAAGAACUCUUUUCUGCCUGUGUGCAGUCUGUCCACGACUACCUGAGGGGAGAACCCUUCCACGAGUACCUGGACGGCAUGUAUUUUGAUCGGUUUCUCCAGUGGAAGUGGUUGGAAAGGCAACCGGUAACCAAAAACACUUUCAGGCAGUACCGAGUACUAGGAAAAGGGGGCUUUGGGGAGGUCUGUGCCUGCCAGGUUCGGGCCACGGGUAAAAUGUAUGCCUGCAAGCGCUUGGAGAAGAAGAGGAUCAAAAAGAGGAAAGGGGAGUCCAUGGCACUGAAUGAGAAGCAGAUCCUAGAGAAGGUCAACAGUCAGUUUGUGGUCAACCUGGCCUACGCCUACGAGACCAAGGAUGCGCUGUGCUUGGUCCUGACCAUCAUGAACGGGGGGGACCUGAAGUUCCACAUCUACAACAUGGGGAACCCCGGCUUCGAGGAGGAGCGUGCCCUGUUCUAUGCGGCAGAGAUCCUGUGCGGCCUGGAAGACCUCCACCGUGAGAACAUCGUCUACAGAGAUCUGAAACCUGAAAAUAUCCUGUUAGACGAUUACGGCCACAUUAGGAUCUCGGACCUGGGCCUAGCCGUGAAGAUCCCGGAGGGAGACCUGAUCCGCGGCCGGGUGGGCACUGUCGGCUACAUGGCUCCAGAGGUCCUGAACAACCAGAGGUACGGCCUGAGCCCCGACUACUGGGGUCUGGGCUGCCUCAUCUACGAGAUGAUCAAGGGCCAGUCGCCCUUCCGCGGCCGCAAGGAGAAGGUGAAGAGGGAGGAGGUGGACCGCCGGGUGCUGGAGACCGAGGAGGUAUAUUCGCACAAGUUCUCCGAGGAGGCCAAGUCCAUCUGCAAAAUGCUGCUCACCAAAGAUGCAAAGCAGAGACUGGGCUGCCAGGAGGAAGGGGCAGCAGAGGUCAAGAGACACCCCUUCUUCAGGAACAUGAAUUUCAAGCGCUUAGAAGCCGGGAUGUUGGACCCUCCCUUUAUUCCCGAUCCCCGGGCCGUGUACUGCAAGGACGUGCUGGAUAUCGAGCAGUUCUCCACCGUGAAGGGCGUCAACCUGGACCACACAGACGACGACUUCUACUCCAAGUUCUCCACGGGCUCCGUACCCAUCCCUUGGCAAAGUGAGAUGAUCGAAACAGAGUGCUUUAAGGAACUGAAUGUGUUUGGACCUAACGGUACCCUCUCACCGGACCUGAACAGAGGCCACCCUCCGGAACCGCCAAAGAAAGGGCUGCUCCAGAGGCUCUUCAAGCGUCAGCAUCAGAACAAUUCCAAGAGUUCAGCCAGUUCCAAGACCAGUUUUAACCAUCACAUAAAUUCAAACCAUGUCAGUUCAAACUCCACUGGAAGCAGCUAGCUGCAGCUCUGGCCUGAAGUCCACGGUGGGACCAGCCUAGACCCUUCUCCUUAGAAGCGGACUUAUGACCGGUGGAGCUUCCGCCCUGGCGGGUGGGCGGGGGAGCCCUCCAGGAGCCGGGGAAGGAGGCCGUCCAGCCCCGAGAUGGGGAGCCUCCAGGUUCCUCGAAGAGAUUUCCACUCAGGUCUGUGUUCGGAGGGGGCCCUCAAGCCAGGGUGGAUUGGCUGUGUCUCUGUCGAACGUUGCAAUAGAAAUCCAAUGGGAUACAACUUGCACGUAUUUUAACAGCGUCAUAACUAGAACUGAAUUUUGUCUUUAUUAUUUUUAAAGAAAAGUUUUGUAAAUUUCUCUAUUGUUUCAGUUUACAUUUUGUAUAUUUGUAUUUAAAUGAAAGUCAGACUUUGAGGGUGUAUAUUUUCUGUGCAGCCACUGUUAAGCCAUGUGUUUUAAGACAUUUUAGAGGGGUGGUGGGCGGGGAAGGGUGUUAAAAAAAAAAAAUGUGACUCAAGACUUCCAGAGCCUCAAAUGAGAAAAUGUUUUUAUUAAAUGUAGAAAAUGAUUCCCAUUUCACCUUUAAAGGAUUGAUUGUAUCCAUCUCUAUAACCUUUCCCUCCCUCGCAGUGGUACCACCGUUCUGUUGGCUUGUAACAAUCUGAAUUAAAUGCUCAAAGACCCACUGGGACUUCACACCCAGCCAGGAUGUCUUCCGCUGGGGUCCAUGGAGUUGCCUGGGCCCAGCUCCGUCAAGAUGUGCACUUUUCCUUUGGGGGCACACGAUGCCACUGUUGCUUUGGCCUCGGCCUCCUCUUCCUUCUGGAAGGCGGCCAGUACGUGGAGCUGAGGGUCUUCAGCACAAGGGUGUCUAGGCCUCUUUCUUCCUGAGUAGGUUCUGACUGCUAAAGCCAGUAUGUUUUCAAGAGGCU